GAAACAAGCCGAGCCGCGACUGCAGUUCAACAGAGAGAUCGACCCGCCGGUGUCUCACACACACACAGAGCUUAGUCUUUUCUCUAAUGAUGGAAGAACAUCUGAAGAGGACAUCCACUGUCGGAUAAAACAACGCCAGACGGACUAAACGCGCAGAAUUCACGUGGGAAGCAUCUGGAACCGUCGGUUCUGAGUGAAGACCGACCUGUCAUGGGUGUCAUUACGGUGUUUCUGUGCAGGUAAACGUUAGCAGCAGCCGGGCUAGCCGCUCAGCUAGACACGCAGCAGAGAAGCUAGCUUAGCAUCCGCCUCUACUAAAGUCAACUACCUACCUACCUACCUACCUACCUAACUAGCUAACUAACAAGUUGGGUCGGAUGAUCUGUUGCCAGAGACGGCGCCAAGAAAACAGCCCAGCAUGGAUCAUAUUUUACCCAACAGACUAUAAAAUGUCCUUGUAAACGGCCGUUCGUUACGUUAAACCGCCGUUUUUAAACUGCUGGUGCUGUAAGGUUGAUUGACAGCUUGUCACAACGGAUUUCCCAGAUGUGCUGCCAGAAACUAAAAAGUGUAGCUACUAGGCUCUUACGUUAGCAGGACUGGUCAUGAAUGACUGUUUGGCUGGAAGAAAAAAAAAAAACCAACUCGAGGGGACUCUCAACUCAGCAAACUGGACCAACAGCAAGCGAUGAAUUUCAUUUGGGCAGCGAGGUGUCACUGAAGUCGACUCCAGCCGAGCUGACACGUUGCGAGCCAGCUAACGUUACCGAGAGGAUUCAGUCUGUCAUCCGGGCCACACACGCACACAGAAGGAGGGUUUUUAUAUUAUGAAAAGGACUGAACAUACAAACAAGAGGAAACGCUGUAACAUGGAGCACCAGGAGAGCGGGAGAGCAGAGAAAGAUGCGAAGGAGUUUGCGGCUCCACCUCCUCUCCUCUUCAGGAAGCUGAGUAACCCCGACCUGUCACCCGCGGCAACCGCUGCCACCAAAUCAAAAUUGCACCGCCAGCUGAGUCAGGACGAAAGCUGGGCCCGACGCAGCAGCCUGGCCAUGACUGGUAAGCAGUUGCUGCCUCUGUCCAGCAGUCUGCAUGGCGGCGUGAGUCAGCUGGCCUGGCAGGGGCCCUCUGGAGGUUAUGGUGGUCCCGGGGCCACAGCCGGGAUCUCUGCAGGACAAGGAGGAGACGGAAACAACCUGGUCCGUAUGAGGAGCCAAACCUUGGGACAGUCUGCUCCGUCACUCACCGGACUGAAGGAGCUGAGCCUUCCCAGAAGAGGCAGUUUCUGUCGCACGAGCAACAGGAAGAGCCUUAUUGUGACAUCCAGCACCUCCCCUACCUUGCCACGACCACACUCACCUCUGCAUGGACACACAGGCACCAGCCCACUGGACAGCCCUCGCAACUUCUCCCCGAACACAGCUGCACACUUCUCCUUUGUGCCUGCGCGCAGUCACGGACACAGGGCUGACAGGACGGAUGGCAGACGCUGGUCUCUGGCCUCGUUGCCUUCCUCUGGCUAUGGCACCAACACUCCCAGCUCCACUGUCUCGUCCUCCUGUUCAUCUCAGGAGAAGCUGCACCAGCUGCCCUUCCAGCCCACUCCGGACGAGCUGCACUUCCUCACCAAACACUUCAGCUCUGAGAGCAUCACAGACGAGGAGGGACGCCGCUCCCCCGCCAUGAGACCGCGCUCCCGCAGCCUCAGCCCCGGGCGUUCGCCUAUCUCCUUCGACCAUGAGAUCGUGAUGAUGAACCAUGUGUACAAGGAGAGGUUUCCCAAGGCGACGGCUCAAAUGGAGGAGCGUCUGGCGGAGCUGCUCAGCUCCUCGGCCCCGGAUAAGGUCUGCCCGCUGGCCGACGGGGUCCUGAGCUUCGUGCACCACCAGCUGAUUGAGCUGUCCCGAGACUGCCUGGAGAAAAGCCGAGGGGACCAGAUCACCUCGCGCUACUUCUACGAGCUCCAGGAGAACCUGGAGAAGCUGCUGCAAGACGCUCACGAGCGCUCAGAGAGCGUGGAGGUUACCUUCGUCACACAACUCGUCAGGAAGCUGAUGAUCAUCAUCGCCCGGCCGGCGCGCCUGCUGGAGUGUCUGGAGUUUGAUCCUGAGGAGUUCUACCAUUUGUUGGAAGCAGCAGAGGGCCAUGCCAAAGAGGGCCAGGGCAUCAAGAGCGACAUCCCCCGAUACAUCAUCAGCCAGCUGGGCCUCACCAGGGACCCCCUGGAGGAAAUGGCCCAGCUGAGCAGCUAUGACAGCGGGAACCCAGAAACCCCAGAGACAGAUGACUCAGUCGAUGGCCGAGGCACCACUGUCCCAGCAGCUCCUCCACAGCCUAAAACCAAAGCACCUCGAGAGGAAGACUUUGAAAACAUCAAGCUGAUCAGUAACGGAGCCUACGGCGCCGUGUUCCUGGUGCGUCACAAGGAGACCCGGCAGCGUUUCGCCAUGAAGAAGAUCAACAAGCAGAACCUGAUCCUGAGGAACCAGAUCCAGCAGGCCUUCGUGGAGCGAGACAUCCUGACGUUCGCCGAGAACCCGUUUGUCGUCUCCAUGUUCUGCUCCUUCGAGACCAGGCGACACCUCUGCAUGGUGAUGGAGUACGUGGAGGGCGGAGACUGCGCCACGCUGCUGAAGCACAUCGGAGCGCUGCCGGUCGACAUGGCUCAGAUGUACUUUGCAGAGACCGUCCUCGCAUUAGAGUAUCUCCACAAUUAUGGCAUCGUACACAGAGACCUCAAACCUGACAAUCUUCUCAUCACUUCCAUGGGACACAUUAAGCUCACAGACUUCGGACUCUCAAAGAUCGGUUUGAUGAGUUUGACCACGAACCUUUACGAGGGACAUAUAGAGAAAGACACCAGAGAGUUCCUCGAUAAACAGGUGUGCGGCACUCCAGAGUACAUCGCCCCAGAGGUGAUCCUGCGUCAGGGCUACGGGAAGCCGGUGGACUGGUGGGCCAUGGGGGUCAUCCUGUAUGAGUUCCUGGUGGGCUGCGCUCCCUUCUUCGGAGACACGCCGGAGGAGCUGUUUGGUCAGGUCAUCAGUGAUGAGAUCAUCUGGCCGGAGGAGGACGAAGCUCUGCCUCAGGAGGCUCAGGACCUCAUCACCAAACUGCUGCGACAAAAUCCUCUGGAGAGACUGGGCACAGGAAGUGCCUUUGAGGUGAAGCAGCACCCUUUCUUCACAGAGCUGGACUGGAACAGCCUGCUGAGGCAAAAGGCCGAGUUCAUCCCCCAGCUGGAGUCUGAGGACGACACCAGCUACUUCGACACUCGCUCUGACCGGUACCACCAUCUGGAUUCCGAAGAAGAGGACGACACCAACGACGAUGAACACGUGGAGAUUCGCCAGUUCUCCUCCUGCUCGCCUCGUUUCAGCAAGGUGUACAGCAGCAUGGAGCGUCUGUCUCUGCACGAGGAGAAGAGGACUCCUCCUCCCACCAAACGCAGCCUCAGCGAGGAGGGAGGAGAGCGCAUCGACAGCCUGAGCGGACUCAAGUCCAGAGAUCGGUCCUGGCUGGUGGGAUCUCCAGAGAUCCUGCGGAAGCGUCUGUCUGUCUCGGAGUCGUCCCACACAGAGAGCGACUCCAGCCCGCCGCUGACCGUCCGGAGACGCUGCUGUUCAGCCAUCAUUGAGAUGCCACGCUUCGCCAUCUCCUCGGAGGAAGAGGCAGGCCAAGGUGCGGCCGGAAGUCGUAAGAGUCCCAGCCUGCUGGGUCUGAGUGCAGUGCGGGGCCCGCGCUGUGACGAGCUGCCGCUCGCCAUCCCAGAGCUCCCAGUGGAGAGAGAGCUGAAGCUGGACGAGUCUCCCACCACGCCCAGCUCCACCUCCAGUCAGCUGAGCAGAGCCACGCUCACACCGGGCAGUUCAGGCGACGUGUGCGAUCGCGGCCACAGAUCUAACGGCAGUAACGGCGCCGCUGCUAAAGCCGCAGCAGACAGCGACUCUCCCUCCACUCCGAGGGCCAUCAGCGACCUGGCGGCGCGCAGGGCUCGCCACCGCCUGCUGUCUGGAGACGCAGACAAGCACACGGCGGCGCCCAGCUCCAGACCGCUCAACAAGGUCAUCAAGUCGGCGUCCGCCACCACGCUGUCACUGAUGAUCCCUGCAGACCACCACGGAGCCUCGCCAUUGGCCAGCCCGAUGUCGCCCCACUCGCUGUCGUCCAACCCGUCGUCGCGGGACUCCUCCCCGAGCCGAGACCUGUCCCCUGCCGUGAACAACGUCAAGCCCGCCAUCGUGAUCCACAGAGCGGGCAAGAAGUACGGCUUCACCCUGAGGGCCAUCCGGGUGUACAUGGGAGACUCCGACAUCUACACUGUACACCACAUGGUCUGGCAUGUGGAGGACGGUGGUCCGGCCCACGACGCGGGGCUGAGGGAGGGAGACCUGAUCACCCAGGUCAACGGAGAGCCGGUUCACGGUCUGGUUCACACCGAGGUGGUGGAGCUCAUCCUGAAGAGCGGCGGCAAAGUGUCCAUCUGUGCCGUUCCAUUUGAGAACACGUCCAUCAAGGUCGGCCCCGCCCGAAAGACGACCCACAAAUCCAAGAUGGCGAGACGCAACAAGAAGACCAAGACCAAGGAGGGACAGGACAGUAAGAAGAGGACGUCUCUGUUCAGGAAGAUCACCAAGCAGGCGUCUCUCCUCCACACCAGCCGCAGUCUGUCCUCCCUGAACCGCUCCCUGUCCUCUGGGGAGAGCGGCCCCGGCUCGCCCACACACAACAUGUCGCCACGGAGCCCGACGCAGGGCUACCGGUCCACGCCAGACUCCGCCCACUCAGUUGGCGGCAACUCCUCUCAGAGCAGCUCUCCCAGCUCCAGCGUCCCGAACUCGCCGGCGAGCUCCGGCCACAUCCGGCCCAGCUCCCUGCACGGCCUCGCCCCCAAGCUCCAGCGCCAGUACCGCUCGCCCCGACGCAAGUCCGCCGGCAACAUCCCGCUCUCCCCUCUGGCCCGCACGCCUUCGCCCACCCCUCAGAGCAGCUCCCCCCAGCGCUCCCCGUCCCCUCUGUCCCACGCUCUGGGCCAGUCUGCGGCGGGACAGUCCUUCCCCGUGAAGCUGCACUCCUCCCCGCCCCUGGUCAGGCAGAUAUCCCGGCCCAAGAGCGCGGAGCCCCCGCGCUCGCCGCUCCUCAAGAGGGUGCAGUCGGCCGAGAAGCUGGCCUCGUCCCUCUCCAACCCCCCCUCGUCGCCCUCCGGGGGGGCAGCGGCAGCGGGGGCGGCUGUCGGGAGCCGCAAACACAGUCUGGACAUCUCGCAUUCGGAGUUCAAGAAGGAGAUUCUGCAGAGAGAGCCGAGCCUACAGAGCCUUCAGGAGUCCGCCAGCGAGGUUCUGCUGUCAUCGGCAGGGCGCGGCGUGGAGACGGGCAGCCUGCAGAAACACUCCUCCUCAAACAGGAAGUUGGGGCGUCAGGAAGGGGACAGCGCCCUGAGCUCGGUGUCCGGCUCCCUGGGCCUGGCCCCCGGGAAGAGCAAGCUGAAGGACAAACUGUCGGCCAUCCGGCAGGACAGAGCCGAGCGGAGGGAAUCGCUGCAGAAGCAGGACGCCAUCCACGAGGUCGAUUCGUCCGAGGACGAGACGGACGAGGGCUCCGAGGACAGCCAGGACGGGCGCAGGGCGGCCACCUUCACCCCUCCCCCGCUGCUGAGGCCCACCACCGUGAGAACGGGCCCCGGGGGCACGCUGCCGUCCCUCUGCCUCUCCCCCUGCACGCCCCACGCCACCUUCACCCACACGGGGCCCUCCCAGGUAGGCAGGCCCACUCCCUCGCACACCCUCUCCUCUGUCGCAGAGGCGAAGCCCGGGCAGGGCGCCCCCCCGCUGGUAUUAAAAGAUACAAGGUCCGCAGCAUCCGCAGAAGACGGUGCCAGACAAGAGAGGAAGGUUCUGGGCCCGAGUAGUGCCACAAAACCCACUCAGGGCCCCCUUCUCUUCCCCACCCCAGGCAGUGCAUUCAUCUCAGUCAGCAAGGACACUUUCCUAAAGCCAAAUCCUCCGCCAGACUCGAAGAGUCUCAGGGGGAAGACUGCACCGUCGGAGCCCAGGGCAGAGGACCAAACCCUGGACAGCCCUAGAUCCACAGUCCCCUCUUCCACGAUCACCACAAAUACUACCGACUGCAGGACCUCCACCAGUACUACCGACUGCAGGACCUCCACCACUACUACCGAUUGCCGGACCACUGACAGCCAAGAGACGCCCAGCGCCUCCUGCUCCUCUCCUAGCAUCCCCAAGGAGAAGAAGGAGGCUGACAACCGGAGACUGUGCGCCGUGGCUGCUGCGAGUCUUAACGCGUCGCCCUGCUCGUCCACUCCUGGCUCCGGCUUUAGUUUCAGCUCCCCAGUUGCGGCCCCCGAGAGCGCCGUGGACAAAGUUGUGUCCCAGCUUACGACGGUGGCUAAGAGCGUUCUGGGUCCCGUCAAACUGAGCACCGCUGCAGAGCGGAGCCAAAAGGACCAGAAACCAUGCAGAGGCGGAGCCCCGGAUGUCCCACCAACUGCCCCUCUCUCGUUUCUCUCUAAACAGCUCCCGGCUCCUCCGUCGCCUCACCUUUUGGAGCCCCAAAACAGACAGAAAGGUGAUCAAGUCGCCUCCCCGAUCACCUCGGCCAAACCCUCGACCCAGAAAGACUUUGCAGUCCUGCCGCCGUCAUCCUGCACGGCCGUCCCAGAAAGGCCCGCGCCGGGGUCCGCAGGCAGGGAGAACGCUGCCACGCCUGCAUCGGCACAGCUGAUGGCUGCAGCAGCAACCCCGAACACAAACCCCAUCGCCUCCGCAGCAUCUGAGCCACAGCGCAAGAGGCCCAAACCGCAGACGACCGCCGCCGGCAACGCCGCGACCGCCUCCUCGCAACAAGACAAAGCAACCAGCAAGAAGACGUAGCAGCGAAAAGCCCAACGAAAAUGUGUAAAAUCAUUGCUGGCUUCGCUGAGGAUUUUUAGAACUCACACAAUCUGCAUGUUUGGAAGAAAACACAAUUAGUAACUUCGCACUUAUCUAAGAGAGUUUGACUUUCAAAGCAAAAGACAAAUGUGUGUAGAGAGAGACGAAGAGCUGUCAGAAGCAGAGACAGAUGUGGUAGUCCUAGUUCCAUUCCAGCUGUUCUGUGCUCCUUAAUGUUCCUGUGAGUUAUUUCGGUGUCCUGACUCUUUGGUUCCCGCUUUCAGACUAAAUGCCACGAGGGGUUGGCAGGGUUUUUAUUUUAUUUUUUUCUCUCUUUCUGCAAACAUGUACGAGGCUAGAAAUAAAGAGCUCGGUGGUCCGUGCACAUACAAUUUAAAAUGUAGCCACAUCACACACACCUUUUCUCGCUCGCUGUCUUCUUGUGCUGCCUCAUUACUUUUCACCUUGAUGUUUGGCAGAGUCGACGCGCACGUUCCUCAAACAGAUCAGGACGGGGGCCUAACUGAACAC